GCUUGUUGGACAUGGUAUCGACGCAAUCGCGUUAAAACUAACAAUGCUUGCAAAUCUGAAAUCUUCCGGAGCUAUAAUGAAGAAAGAAAUGAAAAUUGUUCUGUAUGUACUUAGUCUCGCCGUGAUAUCAUUGGCAGCGGAACCCGCAUGCCCUUCGUGCUCAAAAUACCAUUUCGAGGAGAUGCUGUUGGAGCGAGUUCUCCGUAAUGAACUUGCCUUGGAACAUACGCUAACAGAAAUCAAGGAAACUAAUACCAAGGUCGUGGACGCAUUGAAGAAGAUUCAAGAUGAAAACAAUAAAGUCAACACUGCUAUUGAAUUAAUGGAACGUAAGGAGAUUUUAAUGGAAGCAACAUUGGACGAUUCUGUAAAAACAGCUUUGAAAAACGUGUCUGAAUCUCUGACUCACAUCCUUACUGAAUCAGGACGGGCGAUCAAAGAAAUGGAGAGCAGAGUGGAGCGUUUUAAAGGAGAUCUGAAGACCCCAACAAUACAGUUUAGUGCCCUGCUCGCCUCCCAUGGAUCUAUAAAUGUGAACACUGGUCAAGAUGUAGUGUUUACACGAGUAGAAGUCAACGAAGGCCAAGGCUAUGACAAAGGAACAGGAAAGUUCACCGCCUCUGCUUCCGGUCUAUACAACUUCGCUGUCCACUAUUGUACUCAGGGAGGCAAAUAUGUUGCGCCGGAGAUUGUACACAACGGCAAGUCUCUACUGAGGUCAUAUCACUACGGAUCUGAGGGCCAGUACCAGUGUUCUUCACUGCAGGCCAAUGUCGAGAUGAUCAUGGGUGACAUGGUCUGGGUGCGAAGUACCGGUACAAGUUACUUUCAUCAUGAUGACAGUCAUUGGUCCACUCAAUUUUCUGGAGUACUGAUUCGUGCGUGAUAUCAAAAUGACGUUUAUAUGUUAUAUUGUAUGGAGUUUGUUUCGGAAUUUGUUUUAUUUUGUUAGCAUAUAAAAUCAAGUUUUGUAUCAAAUGAAACUUUUGAAUGUGUAUAUUAUGAUUUUGUUCCAAUUGCAAAUUAGUUAUUUUUGUUUAAGUAUAAAAUAAUAACAAAACCUCAUGUCUACACGUUUCUAUCGCUUCUCACUACCGAAGGUAUUGUAAGAUUCUAAUUGCUAUUUCCGUCAUUUUACAAAACAAUCUGUUUGUAUGAUUUCUUUUUGUUAACAAUAACAUUUCACUUAGAAGUGUAGGUUUAAUAUUCGUCUUUUUAUUGCUAAACAUACAUUCAAUUUUGUAAAUAAUUAGUGCGUAUAAGCUUGUAUAAAAUGCAUGUGAUUUGAGUAUUAAUUAUAUACGAGUCAACAUAAACUAUUGCAGUCUAGAUGUGAUUAUUUUCUUGGGAUUAACAUGCUUCCGAUCUGGUCUAUUGAGCAUAAAACACGUUUGUUUUCAGAUUUUGUAAAACUUAUUAUCUCGUUUUCAAAUAUUAAAAUUGCAAGAAUUACAUAUAAAGAGCGCCAA